UGCUCGGGCUCGGUCAGUCUCGACUCGGCUGGGCUGAAGGCAACAAGGGCCCCCUUUCUCAAACUGAGUCACGCAGGAUCACGGGAUCCCCGGGAUUCUAAAGAUAGCAAAACCGGGGAUACGUAUCCUGAUUGUCGUCGGUAGGCCGCGGACUUCUCUGUAAGUUCGAUCAUUAAUUCGAGGAACCACCGACGUGACAAUAAAUCGGCUUGUCCGAUUUCAAACACUUGCGAUAUUUAUCGUGUCACGGUCCCAUUUGUGUUUCUAUAAAUUUAUUUUGAACCCGUGGAGAUUCGCGGUCUAAUUGGAAAUAAAGGGUGAAACGUGGAGAGGAGGUUCAAGUGACGAGUGCGCGACAGGACGUAUAUACGGUGGUGGUUGGUUGACAAAGUUGUUUUCGGCCGCGAUUGAUUGCUAUUCGCGGCGAUGCACAAUGUGUCUAUCCGAUCGACCCAGCUUUUUCAGUUGCGAGUGCUGAUAAACGAUCCUUGAUUUGGACGUGCAGGAGGCACAAGGUAUCCUUGAAAGCACGCUUCCUGGGAAAGUACCUCGACGCAUUCCCGGAAAAUAUGUGUGCCGGGUGCGACGAACCUGGUGAGCGAUCUUUAUCGGGACGUUUCCAUCAGGAAGAGCACGGAAAAGCGAUAUCGGGGCAAACAAGGUCCUAAUACAUAUGUACGUAUAUGUUAGCUCGCUGUUAAAACAAGAUAUAUAUUCCUUAAGUUAAAUAAUCCGGAAUACCGCCCGGGGGUACCAUUAUUUAACAAGCGCUUCACGGCUCGUGAAUAUUGCCUGUACGAGUCAUUAAACAUUGGCACGAGUGAAAAUGUUUUGAUGGAUUUUAUUAUACGCUUAAUCUAUUUAAAUAAAAUCAAUUAUUUUCAUUGUUUCAAAUGCAAUAUUUAAAAUAUGAUUAAAAUUGUUUCAAAUAUAAUUGGAAUUAAAGUAGUGGCAUUGCAUAAAUAAUCAGAAUUAGUAAUUUCCUAUGACGUUCCUUUUUCUCAUUUAUUUUAAUUUACUGUGUUAUAAUUUUGCAUAGUAUUCUGUAUUUACGUUGAUUUAUAUUACUUUUGUAUUUUUAUAAAUAAAAUCUUAUUUAAUAUUCGAAUGUUAGAGACGAUUCAUUUCAACCCUUUUGAGUUCCUUUCAGUCAUUUAAUAAGUUCUGAAAUUUCUCAUGGAGAUUCGCUUGGUAACCAGUAACUAAGGUGUAUUAGUUAUUAAGAUUCCCAAAUUCCCUUCUUGGUAACCUGUGAUUGCUAUGUAAUUAGUGAUCCCGAAUACCCUUUUAGACGUAACGCUGCUAAUUAGUGAUUAACAUCCCUAAGCUUCGUCACGGACGCCUUAUAAUCUGUGGACGCGACUAAUUAGUGAUUAGACCGAAUCGAUUCCUUCGUGUUCCUUCAAGAAACAGAACGAAUUAAAUGAUAAUUAAAUACGUACGAAUUUCAAAUAAUCAAUGUGUUCCCUGAGAGAAUAUAAGAAUCGACAGAAGAGUUUACAAGAAGAGCUUCUAAGUGUCCUGUGCAAAUAAAACUAAUCACAAAUAUCGUGUAUUUAUCGUUAAAUUAAUAUCAGAAAACAAACGAGAAAUUCUCAGCGAUAAUAUCAUAAAUAUAAAUCGCUUAAUAUAUUAAAAAAUUAUUGUGUGUUCUCUAAAAAUAAAAUCCUUAAACGGAUCGUAAAGUACUCAAGGGAUUCCUUGAAUAAGAAUAAGAAGCCUGUCAGUGUUCUUUGGUGUUUGUGAAUUGUUUGACGACGAUAGAGAGAUUAAGUUGUUCGAGAUGGGCUGCGAGCUGGGAAAAUUGGCGACGACACCGAAGCCGCAGAACCAGACCAGCGCCACAGAUCCGCGACUACCGUUGACGGCGAAACAAAAAUUCAUCGUGAUGGCCAGCUGGAAGGCCGUCUCCAGAGAACUCGAGGCCACCGGCGUCUUCAUGCUUAUAAGGCUGUUUGAGGAGAACGAGGAAUUGAUACAAAUGUUCUCACGGUUUCUCGAUCUGAAAUCGAAGGAGGAACCGUACGACAUGGUGGAGUUAGGUAAACACGCGGAGAAGGUGAUGACCGCGUUGGACGAAGGGAUCAAGGGACUCGACGACAUGGACGUGGUCCUCACCUGUCUUCACCAAGUCGGAGCCACGCACACCAAAAUCCCCGGCUUCAAUCCACAAUACUUUUGGAAAAUCGAGCAACCGUUCCUGCAAGCGGUGAAACGAACGCUGGACGACCGUUACUCGGACAACGUCGAGAGUAUAUACAAGAUAACGAUCAAGUUCAUCAUCGAGACGCUGAUCGACGGAUUUGACAAGGCUCAGAGCCAGAAUGACAAAGCGCAGAGCGCGGACACCGCUAAAUCCUAGUAAGGAACCAAUCGUAGAUAUCUAUAAUUUAAUAAAAAUUGUCGAACUUGUCAAUACCGAAACUUCGCGCGAAGCGAUCGGCUUUCAGGGCACCGAUUUAUCACUAUACCCUAUGAUCUUUUGAUAUUAGUCAAAAGAUGAAUGUAUUUUUCGUGGAAUUUAAAAAUGCUUCUUGUCAAGUCUUCGGCUGGUAGAAUUGAUUGAAACUGUUCGCAGUGUGUUUCUUAAAUCAGUUUGACGUCGUAUUGAGUUCCUCGACGCAAGCCGUCGGAAUUUGAUUCGAAUUAUUAAUUCAAUUUUUCUUAUGAUUAAUUAAGGAUGUAUUGGCUAUAUAGUCAACCUCUAAAGUUUAU